AUGAUGGCGUACGCUGUUGUCCUGUCCGUCCUCUCCUGUGGCCUGGUGCAGGUCCUGGCCACGCUGACGCCCGAGCCAGACGUGGUGCACGGGAAGGUUGGAUCGGACGUGACUCUAACGGUUCGCCCACAGGGAGACCACAGCGUCAUCGCCCAGACCUGGAACAAGCUGUACGGCGGCGUCCACAGCAUGCGGCUGGCGGUGUACAUGUACUCCCCCACCACCGGCACGGCCAUGUCCCUGGGCCCGCUGGAGGGCCGCGCGACGCUCGGGCAGCACGGCUCGCUCGUCAUACACGCCGCCCAGAAGGACGACGAGGGGCUGUACGUCCUGACGAGUUUGGUGGAUGUAGUAGGACAGGAGGAACAGUACUUUGACCUAAAAAUGCACGUUCCCCCGCAGAUCUCGUUCGGUGAACAGAGCCCCCUCCACGUGGUGCAACACUCCCAGGUCUACCUGAACUGCACCGUGAGGAACGCCAAGUCCUCCACGGCGCACGACAUCCAGUGGAGGAAGGACGGCUCACGACUCUGGGGACGAGUCACCAUCAUCGGCAGGGAUACCCAGGGAAUGAGAUUCACCAACUACCAUCGCGAGGGUAACGGACGGAGGAUGGAAGUGGAAACCGCCCGAGAGAGCGAUGACCUCUGGACGUCUGUCCUGACGUUUCAGUCCGUACGGAAAGAAGAUACAGGCAACUACAGCUGCCACGCCCAGCAUAAGGACGGCGCCGUGUCCGCUAGUCUGUACCUAGAAGUCUAUUAUGCUGCAAAGAUCACCAACAUCUCGGACUCGCCACAGGUGGUUUCCGCCGGAAGUAACGUCACGCUGGAAUGUGUCGCCCAGGGCAACCCUCCACCAAUCCUCGCCUGGCACAAAGACGACGACCCCCAGCCCCUCACGUCCACUUUCUCAGACGCCAACGGCGAAACGGGGCGCUUGAACUUGACUUUGAUGAAACUUGACGAGAACGCCAGCGGAAACUACACGUGCGUUGCUACCAAUGGAGUCCCUAUGGGCAAGAACGAUCAGAGAACUGUGCAGAUUUACGUGUUGAAGGCUGCGGGCACGUAUCCUCCCUCUCCAGUCAUGAUGAUCAGCUCCCCCAGACCAAAGACAGAGCCAAACACCAUCACAACUACAGUUGCUGUCCAGAUUCCAACAAUAGAAGAGAAGGAGUCCUUACCUCCAGUCCAAGAGGCUAAGCCACCCCCAAUCCAGGAGGUUCAACCCCCCGCGGUGGAGGUUAGACCCCCCGUCCAUGAAGUGGAACCUCCCGACGGGAACCUGGAAGCAGACGACCCGUUCUACGCCACGUUCGUGACGGUGGGGAUCGUGACCGUGACCGCCUUCUCCCUCCUCCUGCUCAUGAUCGUCGCCGCGCUGCUCUGCCGAAGGACAAGUUCAUCCACCAAGGUCAUGCGGACCCACAUCAGCGGUGACGUCAUCAGACACAGACCGCUGAACCCUGACGUAUACGCAAAUGUUUACCGAUAAUGAAAUUGGCAAUUGAUUUGCGAAAAGACUUUGUAGAAAAAGGAUAAAACAAUAAAAAAAUAAAGAAUAAGGAAAAGGGCGAACGGACCAAAUCUCGGACAAAGACAAGCAAAUAGGAUGGUGUGACUACAUCAUUAGGCAGUGGAGUCUGAUUUAUGUUGUUGCUUAUGGUUAUAUCGUUGUGUUUCUGAAGUUGCCGUAAAGUUAUCGUGGUCUAGUAACAGGGAAAACUCUUGUGUUUUUUGGAAGCCGUCACAUUCGUCGUAAGUCGCCGUUCGACUUUCAUGUCGUAGGAGCCGUGACAUGCAGGCCAUGAUAGAAUGCUAGGCGAUGACAGAGAUCUAAGACUGCAUUUUCGAUAACAAGACAGCGCUGAAUGUUGUAAUGUCCAUGCAGAUCAUAAGGUGGCCAGGCAGUAUCCAGUGGCCAGAGAAGUGUCCAUUAGCCACCGUAUGAUCUGCUAGGAGAUUAAAUGUUCUAUUAACCAAGGGAUGCCCUCAAUUUGCGAUCGCACAAUGAUAAUACGACGAAUGUGCCUAGGCCCUAAAGAAGAAUCUGUAAUAUUGGCAUACCGUAUGUAGCAAAGUGACUGUUUGAUGCUGUGGUUUUGUGGUAUCCCAACUGUCGCGCGCAAACGUAACAGAAAUGUUUUUGCAAGCAUACUCAAGUAACUUUGCACUCACUUAAUCCACAGGACGAUAAAUGUACACUUACAAUCAUUCAGAGACUAUAUUUGGAUUCUGUCUGUUAGAUCAUGGAUCAUAGGAUAACAACAGCCUAUGGUUGUUGUGUGGAUGUACAGAUGAAAUAUAACAUGUUUUG